AUGGAUUCUCGUAGUUGGAUGUACAAUAGAUCUUAUGAUGAUCCAUUAGGGAUAAGGGAUGAAUUUAUAGCCGGUGUCUAUGCUUUUGUUGAAUACGCAAAGUCACUUAAGGAUUUUACAGUUCAUGGUGUGGUUAGGUGUCCUUGUGUUAAAUGUGAAUGUAUGAAUUACGAGACCCCAGAGAUUGUUACGCUUCAUCUGUACGAAACAGGCUUUAAAAGUAAUUAUACAACAUGGACUAGUCAUAGGGAAACACACAACAAUUUUGGUAGAUCUCAGAACUUUGAAGUCGGUGAAAGUAAUAGGGGGGUAGAACGUAAUGUCCAAAAUUCUAGAAUGCACGACAUGGUUCAGGAUGCAUAUGACAUGCAUUCGGAUUUUGAAUUCGGUGGCCAUGUUGAAGAACCUCCCAAUGAAGAGGCCAAAUGUUUUUAUGCAAAGUUAAAUCAAGCUAGCCUGCCCUUAAAUGAUGAGAGUCCCCACUCUCAAUUGUCUGUCGUCGUUAGAUUAUUGAAUAGCAAAGCAGAUAACAAUAUUUCUGAAGGGGCAAUGGAUUCUUUCAUUGACCUCAUGUAUGAAUUAGUUGACCCCAUUCUAGAGAUACCCGAUAAUUACUAUAAGGCAAAGAUAUUGGUGUCUAAGUUGGGACACUCGUCGGUCAGAAUUGAUUGUUGUGAAAAUGGCUGCAUGUUAUACUAUAAGGACGAUGUCGGUCUAGAAUCUUGUAAGUUAUGUGGUAGUAAUAGGUUUAAGAAGACUCGCAGUGGGAAGGGAAUUGUUGUUAAGGCGAUGCAUUAUUUACCACUUAUACUAAGGUUAAAGAGGUUGUAUGCAUCUAAUAGUUCCGCCCCUCAUAUGGGAUGGCACAGUGAAAAUAGAAGGCCACCAGGUGUUAUGUGUUAUCCAUCUGAUGGUGAGGCUUGGCAGAAUUUUGAUAGAACCUAUCUAGACUUUGCAGUUGAACCACGUAACGUCAGGUUGGGUUUAUGUUCAGACGGAUUCACUCCGCAUUCUAUUUCUGCUGCUUCGUAUUCUUGCUGGCCCGUAUUCAUAACCCCGUAUAAUCUUCCCCUUGAGAUGCGUAUGACUAGUCCAUAUAUAUUCCUUAACUGCAUUAUUCCUGGCCCUCGUAAUCCAAAAGUUUUGAUUGAUGUGUACUUGCAACCACUGGUUGAUGAACUGAAACAAUUGUGGGCUGUAGGGGUUGAGACAUAUGACAUUUUGCGCAAGCAGAAUUUUAAUUUAAGGGCUGCUUUAAUGUGGACUAUUAAUGAUUUUCCUGCAUACAGGAUGUUGUUCGGGUGGAUGACAGCCGGAAAGUUAGCAUGUCCUCACUGCAUGGAGAAUACUAAGUCCUUCACUUUAAAAAAUGGUUAA